ACAGAAAUGCAAGACUCCUUAAAGGGAGAUAUUGUUGCACCGGGAUCAUCAAUAAAUUCCAAUAUAACCGUUCCAAAUUUAGUUGAGAUCGCACCAAGUAUAGUUGUAGAUAUGAAUACCCUUCAAUCUAAUAGAUCAAAUUCAAUUAAGUAUAAUGCCACUAAAAGUGACAACAUUACUACAGGUAAUCAAAACCAUACCAAUGAAGGCAUUUACAUAAACUCAACAAAAUCUUUGAAUCGAACAAGCGUAGUAAACAAAACUGUAACAACUACACUUGUACCCGCAGUUGCCAAAAAUGAUGUUGCGCAAAUUGGUAACGAUACCCUCGAAGUAAGAUCUACAAAAAGCACAAUCACAAACACUACAACUACGACCAAAAUAAUGCCAACAACGACCAAAACAAAACCAACAACAACAACCACUACCACACCGAAACCCAAAAAACCAAGCAUAACAUUUGGAUUAGGCGAUUUUCCACAUUUGCCAGGAGAACCAUUCGUUAACAAUAAAAAGCCAGAAUCAUCUAGCUCUAAAUUGCCAGAAUUAAGCGAGCCUGUCGUACUACCGGAUGCGCAGCCAUCACAAGAAUUAAACAACGGAUUCAAUUAUCACAGCAGCCGCGAUAUUAUUGUACCUAUUAUGACAGUCCUCUUCACAAUACCAUUGGCAAUAGGAGUGGUAAUUACCACUUACCGUCGCUUCCGCGAUUGUUGGUCAACGCGACAUUAUCGCCGAAUGGAUUUCUUGGUCGAUGGCAUGUACAACGAUUGACAACUGAUUACCGAAGAAUGUACCGAUGAUGCGGUGCAGAAGUAUAAUGCGGGGGCAGAAGUUGAAAACGCUGUAGACGUUGCUCAGCAAUUAAUACAGUAGCGCACAAUUAUAACAAUUUAAAGAAGUUGUAGUAUUUUUAAGAGUGAGAUUCACUAUAAGUUUAUACGAAUUUUCAAUGUACUUUAAAUAUAUUGAUGCGUGUACUAUAUAUUUCAGAAAAAAUUUUAAAUCGCUUUAAGUCUUACACUUAAUGAAUGCAUUUAAUUUAAACGUGAAAAAUAAAAAUGUCACACUUAAGAGCAUGUUAUAUCUAGAUUUCAAAAUUUGUAUGUGGCCAAAUUUUGUUCGUAAGAUCUUUUCUAUAGAAUUAUGGUACAUACUCGUAAUUGCGGAUAUUGAAUUUUAUUACAAAAAUCAAUGAUAUACAUAGUAAUACAAAUCAUAAGUUCUAAGGAUAUUUUGCAAAGCAAACUCAUGUAAUCAUUUUAUUUAUGUAUGUACGUGUAGUACUCAAACCUUCCAAUUAUUAUAAAAAAAACACUUGUUUUUUUUUUUUUGAAGCUUGAAAACUGAAAAGGCAUUUCCAUGUAAUUCAAUUGAAAGAAGCAUUUAUACAAAUUAUGAACAACCGUUAUCGAUUCGCCACUUCUCUGUCCGCUAUGUUUGAGUUCCGGUCGCUAAGCGAAAAAUUUUGCAUCUGAAAGCAACAACAAAGUUAGCUAGCGAGUUUGGUUGUACCGCAUUGAGUUCGUUCAUUUCGCCACUAUCUAACUGUUGGCGAAUCGAUGACGGCUAAUAUAUACUUUGAACGUUAGAUAAGCUAGAUAUAUAUACCUAUUUUUCAAAAUGACCCACAUUAUUUGAAAAUUUUGACUUUAAAGUAGGCUUCCAUAUACUCCCAAUUUCAUUGUUUUUGGAAUCGAAAUAAUAUUGUAAUCAUUUCUAUUUAUGCGACAAUAAUUUUAGAAGUUAAAUUUUAAUACAUACAUACCUACAUAUGUAUGUAUUUAUUCAAGUAAUAUUAAAGCAAUGGCAUACAUAUACUUCUAUGUAUGUACAUAUGACCAUUACAAAUUAAAUGUAACAAAAAAUGCGUUUUUAGACUCAAAAGUGUUCGAUUAUAUUUUUUUAGAUUUUGUUUAACCAAUUUAUCGAUGUUUUUUAUCCAUAUACAUAAUUUUGAAAAAACAAAUUAAAACUCUAUGGAUUAAACUCUGAGUUAAGCAUGAAUUUAACUUACAGUAAAAAAAAA